AUGACUGACCGAACACCCACGACGAAUCGCGCGCUCUGGCUACAUUCUUUCUCAUCACCUCUGAAGAUGGUAGACCUACCUGUUCCCCACGCAACAGCCGGAUCGGCGGUGAUCAAGGUCCUCAACACUGUGAUUGUACCAUACACCGAAGAGAUCCACAGUGGCCGUCUGCCCAUUUUCAAUCUUUCGCUACCUCUCGUCCCGCAUCCGAGUCACAUUGGCCGUGUGCAUGCGGUUGGACCCGAUGCUGUCUCGCUCCGACCAGGCGAUCUGGUCUAUUUCUCUCCAUUCAUCACUGCACGAGACGACGAAGAUCUUUUUGUGAUACAAGGGCACCACGGGGGAGAAGACCCGAUGGCAAAACAACUUAUGGACGGCGAGUGGAGGAAUGGAUCCUUGCAACAGUUCCAGAAGAUUCCACUGGAGAAUGCAUUUGUGCUGAACACAGAACGAUUAUGCGACUUCUUGGGCUACACGCCUGCGGACCUCCACGAGAUCUCGUUCUACGCUAUGGGUGUAGGCGCAAUCUCCGAAGCUGCACGCGUUUGUGCCAGCGAGACGGUGCUCAUUGGCCCUGCUACUGGAACGUUUGGAGGUGUAUCGAGUGAGGUUGCGCUCGCUCUGGGCGCCAAUGUCAUCGCCAUUGGCCGCAGCGAAAGCAAGCUCGAGCGUUUGCGCAAUCAGCUUGGGAACCAUGAACGACUUCGAACCAUCGUUAUGACAGGCAAUGCUGAAGCCGAUACAGCAGCGAUACGUGCCGCUACACCUGGAGGUCGAGGCGUGGACGUAUAUAACGAUUGGGCGAGCGGCGGGUUAGAGGGAAGUCCAUUCUUUGCCGCUGCGAUUCGUGCAGUGAAGCGCAGAGGCAGAGUGGUCUUGAGUGGCGGUCCCGCCGGAACAAUCAACGUACCGUAUGCAUUUGUCAUGCAUCAGGACAUUUCCAUCUCUGGGAAGUUGGGUGUCGGUCGGAUCGGGAUCAAAUUGACAAUAUCGAUGGUCGAGUCAAAAUUGCUACUAUUGGGUACACGAGGUGGUGCAACGCAUAAUCUAUAUAGUCUCGACGACCACAAAGCAGCAAUCCAUGCAGCGAAGGAGUCGGGCGGUUUCAAGGUCUACCACGAUGUUAUGCCAAACUCUUGGUAG